AUGUUCGCGGACAAAUCGAUAAUCGCUAAUUUUCAGUCUUACGCCUACACUGUCGAUCUGAGCAAAAAGGAACACAUCUACAGCACUGCGGAAAAAGUGAAAUCAGAUGUGGGCAAAGUAGACAUAGUCAUCAACAAUGCCGGCGUUGUCACAGGCAAGAAAAUCUUCGAUUGCCCCGACAAUCUUAUGGAGCUCACCAUGGCUGUGAACACACAUUCUCUUUUCUACACAACUAAAGCGUUUGUGCCAACAAUGCUGGAAACCAAUCAUGGUCAUGUCGUAACAGUUGCCUCAAUGGCUGGCAAAGUUGGCGUUUGUGGGCUCGUUGACUAUUGUGCUUCGAAACAUGGAGCUGUCGGUUUUCAUGAGUCGCUGACAGCUGAACUGGAUGCUCUUGGCAAAGAUGGAGUCAAGACGACGGUUAUCUGCCCAUACUACAUUGAUACAGGAAUGUUCGAUGGAGUUGAGACUAAAUCACCUACGCUCUUUCCCGUUCUGCAACCACAAUACGUCGUCGACUGCAUUAUGGAAGCUGUUCUUACUAACAAAGAAAUGAUCGCAAUGCCUCGAUUUAACUACUUCGUAAUGUUCGCCAUGGGUUUUCUGCCGACAGACGUCUUACAUCUCAUCAGAGACUACCUAGGUGGUAAUUCGAUGAUGGAUCACUUUACUGGACGUGUGAAAAAUGACUAA